AUGGGGUUGGGAGGCAGCCUGGGUGUUGCUCUGUUCUGCUGGGUGCUGGCUGAAGUAGCAUCUUACAGCCCCUGGGGUUUCCCUCAAAGGGACUCAGGGGUCUUGAGGGUCCGGGGUGAUUCCUCUUGGAGCCGGCCCUAUGUUCCUUCUUUCUCCCAGCCCUCUCCCUGGGCAUGGGUGGAUGUCUCCCAGCUCCAGGCUGCUGCCCCACUGCACCCUGUGACUGUGCAGUGCCAGGAGGCACAGAUGGUGGUCACGGUGCACAGGGACCUCUUUGGCACGGGACGCUUGGUCAAGGCUCUGGACUUGACCCUGGGCUCAGCUGCCUGCCUGCCUGUGUCCCAGAGUGCUGCUGAGAGCACGGUGACCUUUGUGGCUGGGCUGCACGAGUGUGGCAGCAUCCUGCAGAUGACCCCAGACUCCUUGAUGUACAAAAUAAGUUUGUCUUACAAACCUACUCCUUCUGGCAACCUGGUCAUUAUAAGGACCAACCCAGCUGUUGUUCCUAUUGAGUGUCACUACCCCCGGAAGAGCAAUGUGAGCAGCAAUGCUAUCCGGCCCACGUGGGCUCCUUUUCGCUCCACCCUUGCCGCAGAAGAGAGGCUGAUGUUCUCGCUGCGCCUCAUGAAUGAUGACUGGAGCUCUGACAGACUCUCCAAUGGCUUCCAGCUGGGGGACAGCUUGCACCUUCAGGCUGAUGUUGUAUCUGGGGGCCAUGUACCUCUAAGGCUUUUUGUGGAUGACUGUGUUGCUACCCUGAGCCCAGACAGGAACUCCUCUCCCCGAUAUGCCUUGAUCGACCUCAGCGGGUGCUUGGUGGAUGGGAGAUCAGAUGACACCACUUCAGCCUUCAUCUCUCCAAGGCCAAGACAGGAAACUCUGCAGUUCAUGGUUGAUGCAUUCAAGUUUGCAGGAGAUGACAGAAACUUGAUCUACAUCACCUGCCACCUGAAGGUCUCCCCAGCUGACCAAGCCCCAGAUCCACUGAACAAGGCUUGUUCCUUCAACAAAGCCAGCAGUCUCUGGGCUCCGGUGGAAGGUACUGGAGACAUCUGCAGCUGCUGUGAGACUGGCAACUGUCCAUUUUAUGGAGGACACCCUAGAGGAAUUAACCCUCUGGCCAGAUGGUCAGGGAAGCGCUUGAAGAGGGACAUCCCUUCCAAGCAAGGUGGGUCCUCAAAGGCAGCAGAGGCUGAAGUCUCAGUUGGACCAUUAUUAAUCCUUGAUCCAGAUCAGGGGUUACGGAGUUCCUCGGGAAGUCUUGCACCAGCAGCGAGGACCCCACAUGGUGCUGCUGAAGGACUUCCUGUGCUGGUCCAAGUUGCUAUAUUCAUGGCAGCUACUGUACUGGGUUUAACUGCUCUUGGGUUGUUUCUUGUGUGCAGAAAACAUAG